UGAAGAAAUCCAGUCACGAACCUGCGAAAAAAAUAAACAAAUAAAAAAUUGUUCAAAAUGCAGAAGAGAAAAGACAAGAAACGGCAAAAAGAUGAUUAUGAAGAGAAAGAGGUCGAAAAAGCCACAAAAGAAGAGCUCAAAGUAGCAAAAUGGAUGCGAUCGAAUGUUCCCAUCAAAAAAACUAAAUUUUUGAAUCAUAAUGUGGAGUAUUUUUCAUCUGGAAAAGCUCUCGACGCAUUGAUGAACUCCAAAUUCGCACAAGGCGACAACUGUUUGUUCCCCCAUCGACAAGCGGCGAUCGAUUUUCUCGACGGCAUGUUGGCUCACAAGGUGUUUCAUCGCGCAAAAAAGGUUCCCGUGAGCGAACACGAGCUCAAAGGACGCACCUCGAAGAAAUCCAAGGACGACGGCAAGGAAAAAUCCGACAAAAAACCCGAAGAAAAGCAAACAGAUGCCGAAAGUAGUCAUGCCGAGAACAAAUCCGAGAAGCAGUUGGCGGAAAAAGAGAAACGCAAACGCAAAAUUCGUCUCGACAUGCAUCCCGAUCAAAUUUUCGUCGACGGACACGAAGCAUACGUUUGGAUUUACGACCCGAUUCCGAUGCAUUAUUGGAUUCUUGGCGUGCUCGUCGUAAUCGGUGCAAUUGUCAUUUGUUUGUUCCCGUUGUGGCCCCCAUCCCUGCGCAAAGGUGUCUAUUAUUUGAGUAUCGCAGCGGCGGGAUUUCUCGUUUUCAUCUUGGGACUCGCUGUGCUGCGCGCAAUUGUCUUUGCCUUUAUCUGGAUUGUCACGGGAGGCAAACAUCACUUCUGGAUAUUCCCAAAUCUGACGGAAGACGUUGGAUUUUUAGCAUCAUUCCAACCCUUGUAUCAACACGAAUAUAAAGGCGACUCAACCAACAGCAAUAAAGAUAAAAAGUCGAAAAAACGCAAAAAGGACAAAGAUAGCGAUGCUGAGGAGGAAGUUACGACGGAAAAAACGCCGCUUCUUGAACAAGAUGAAGAUGAAGCUCUUGAAACGGAACAGGACAGUCCAAAAAGAGAUGAAAAGAGAUCUGGCGACAGUCCAUCCGAGAGUGAAAGUGAAUCGUCCCAAAAAUCAUCCACAGGCAAAGAUUUUGAAUUUAUUGACGACAACGAAGCAAAAGAAGCUGAAUCUUAAAAAAUAAAAAAUUUUAAACAAAAAAAA